AUGACAGCUGGAAAAGAGACUUCCGACGGACAUGAGAUUCUCUUUAUUAUUAAUGAAAUAACUGGAGCGGAUUACGAGAGGAUGAGCCGGCGACCGCGAGGCUGCCUGCCUCUCACGCUCUCGCGCGUCCCUCGCAUCCCUCUCCCCAUCACGCGAGCCGUGCCGCUCGCGCAGCGUCCGUUCGACAUAUUCUUCGUGCUCUUCUUCGCCGUCCACGUGCUCACCGCCGUUCUCAUCGACGCGCAGAUGCUGCUGCCACGUGCCCUCUUCCCAGAGGCGUUGCGCCGCGCUGUGACGUGGCACGUCGAGACCUCAGGCGACUUUCUCGUCGGCUCGCCCCAGCCGUGGUUCCUCUCGCUUGUCAUCUCCCAGUUCCUGCUGCAUGUGCCCUUCUUCCUCGUAGCUAUUUACGCCUUCUGCGCUGGCAGGGAGUGGAUCCGCGUGCCUGCUAUUGCCUACUCUGGCCAUGCCAUCACCAACAUGAUCCCCAUUCUCUCGGAGAUCGCACUGAGCCCACCCCCCUGGUCCACCCGUCAGAAGCUGCUAGCCGUCUACCUGCCCUUCCUUGCAGUGCCCUGCCUGCUGCUCGCCAGAGUCACACUGCCUUCGUCUCUCUUCCAUAAGAAAUUCGUGCAUGCCAAGAAAAGGUUGUGA